AUGCGGAGUUUCGCCGACAAAAAAUGUUGGAUCAAGAUCACCAUAAGCACAACCUCCUUCACGUCCAGCAAGAUGCGCAGUUCAAUUCCACUAGGGAUGGUGAAAAAUGAGUUGCAAAAGUUGUCAAUCUCAAGAUGUCGCUCAUGUUUGAACACCACACGAUUACCUUCACGACGACGUACCGUUCAUACCUCUUCCGCUGCUCAGCCAUCUCCGAACCGAGUCAUCUUCUCCGGAAUACAACCAACGGGCAUCCCUCACAUAGGGAAUUACUUGGGAGCUCUACGAGAAUGGGUACGAUUACAAAAUGAUGCAGGUGCCAAGGACAAGUGCAUAUAUUCGAUUGUCGAUUUGCAUGCUUUGACGGGGAACCAGAGCCCUCACGAAUUGCGGCAAAGGAGGAAGGAGAGUUUUGCGAUGUUGCUUGCCAUUGGGCUUGAUCCGAGAAAAUCUAUACUGUUCUAUCAGUCUGAUGUUUCGGCGCACGCAGAGCUGAUGUGGAUUUUGAGCGCGGUGGCUUCUAUGGGCUAUCUCUCUCGAAUGACUCAGUGGAAGAGUAAACUACAUUUACCCGAGGAUGUUGACUUGGAGAAUGAUACAGCAAAGUCCAAGUUGAGAUUAGGGCUCUUCUCCUACCCGGUCCUGCAAGCUGCAGAUAUUCUUGUACAUGGCGCCACUCAUGUACCCGUUGGCGAAGACCAGAAACAACACAUUGAAUUCACACGAUAUACAGCUAACAGCUUCAACCACCGCUUUGAUACCGACCUAUUCCCGGCACCUGAAGCGCUGAUAUCUCCGGCUCGUCGUGUCAUGUCUCUACGAGACCCCAUCCAUAAGAUGUCAAAGUCGGAAGAAGAUAAAAGGUCAACGAUCCUUCUCAACGAUACGGUAAAGGAGGUUCAACAGAAGAUCAAGCAAGCAGUCACAGAUUCCGAGCCCGGAAUCUCGUAUGAUCCGGUCCGCCGACCCGGUAUCUCCAACCUCAUUGAAAUAUUGAGUCACUUGGAAGAACCCAACGGAAGAAGCUGCGAAGAGAUAGCUUCGGAAUUCCAAUCAACAAGGAUUAAAGCAUUCAAGGACCAUGUGGAAGCGACCAUCAAUGCCCAUAUUCAACCUAUUCGCGAAAGGUUUUUGGAGAUUAUGAAUAAGGAUAAUGAGGAGAACGGUUAUCUUCAAGAUAUUGCUGAGCAGGGCGCUGUUAGAGCUCGUGAGAGCGCUAACAAAACCAUGGAGACGGUUCGAGAUGCCAUGGGUAUGUAA